CUUAGUGAGUUCAUAAUAUUGGAGUCUAAUAUAUUUAUUCGUCUCCGGCCAUGCAGACUGGGCACUCGUUUCGAUCUGCUUCGAUCUGCAGCAUCGAACAUAGGAGUAUACCCACCAUUGUGUUUUGAGACGUCCCCCUCGCCUUGCCCAUCCUCUUUUUGGCGGGAAUUAUCCAUUUCAGCUUCCACGUGUCCUAGGUAGUAAGUUACGGAUAUGCAGUCGGGUAAAAGCUGCGAUGGAGUCCCUCCGAUACCUCCAGUACGAAGGGGUCCCCCAUCCACCACCAUCAACCAAAACACUUCUGACAGAGGAACGGGGAAUUUUCAAAAUAUCCACUGUGAGGAAAUGACAGUCAAUCAAAAGAUAAUUAACAAUCACAACUUCUUCACGAACAAUACAAAUGGUGUAGAAUAUGUUUCGGAUACAGGUAAAAAACUUGAGGUUGACUUCACCCCUUUAAUGAGUGCAGCUGGGAAGGGAAAUCUGGAUUUGGUGAAUAAAGACAUUAGGAGUGGUGCCGAGGUCAACUACGAGAAUAGGCGGGGAUUGACAGCUCUGAUGGCAGCUGCUCAGAAUGGUUGCCAGCCAGUCGUGGAGAGAUUGUUGAGCUUAGGUGCUGAGGUUAACCACCAAGAUCAGAUUGGGUUCACGGCAUUGCUGUUAGCUGUCCAGAAUGAUCACCUAGGUGUGGUGGAUAGGUUGAUAAAGCACGGUGCAAAUGUCAAUCACCGAGAGAAGCGUGGAUUUACAGCUCUGAUGAUUGCCACACAGAAUGGUCUUCUCAAGGUGGUGAAGGAAUUGCUAAAGUAUGGAGCGGACAUUGAUCAUCAAAACCAGGAUGGUUUUACGGGAUUAAUGAGUGCAUCUCAGCAAGGACACCUGGAUGUGGUUGCCUUGUUAUUAAAAUUAGGUGCUCUGGUCAAUCUUGCUGAUCAGAAUGGCUCCACUUCACUGAUGAGCGCUGCCAUGAAUGGCCACUUCGGAGCUGUAGACAAACUAAUCAAGUUUGGUGCAGAAGUGAACUCUGCAAAUCAGCGAGGAUUUACAGCACUUCUUGUUGCCGCGCAAAAUGGUCACUUGGUCGCUGUCUUCAGGUUGAUCUCAUCUGGCGCUCAUGUGAACCACCAAGAUCAGGUUGGGUUUACUGCACUGAUGAUUGCUGGCCAAAACGGUCAUGUAGAUGUUGUCGAAGGAUUGAUGCAAUGCGACGUCGACGUGAAUCUCCAAGAAAAGCGUGGAUUCACUGCACUGAUGAUUGCUACGCAGAAUGGCCACUUGAAAGUGGUGCAGGUACUUCUUGAAAACGGAGCCUACGUCAAUCGCCAAAACAAGAAUGGGUCUACGGCACUCGUGAUCGGUUCACAGAAUGGCCAUCGCAACGUAGUGCGGAAAUUACUCGAAGUCGGGGCACAUGUGGACCACCAAAAUCAGGAUGGUUUUACCGCUCUGAUGAGUGCGUCAUGGAAUGGUCACAUUGGUGUUGUUGAAGAACUAUUGAAGCACGGUCCGAAGGUUAAUCAUCAGGACAAGAAUGGCAACACCGCCCUUGCCUAUGCCGCUUGGAGAGGACACAUUAGCGUUGUGAAACACCUUGUCAGCAAUGGUGCCAUCCCGAACAAGAAACCUGUGAACAUUGCCCAUUUAAAGGGACACAAAGAGGUGGAGUACUAUCUGAUUAGUCUCUCGAGGGCCCAGUGAUGGCUGUAGUGUUAUCCUCAGCAAGAUGGAGUUACACUCUGUGCCCAGUGGACCAGCCUUGUCCUGUUACCCAAGGUGAUGCGAUUUGAAAGACUAAAUUGAGUGCCUCAGGAGUCUAGAUGGAGUCAAUUUGUUAAUUGGUCUGUGAAUGAACAUAAGAAAGUGCCUCUAAAUUGUGGACAAUGAGACACCCGCCGUCUGCUAACAUGACAGUCUCUAAGUGUUUACAAUUAUUUCAUUCCAUGAAGUUACCGAAUGAUUUUGAUAGGAAUCAGACACAUUUAUCAUCCUGCGCUGGCUGACCAGAUGCCUUAGACUUGGAAUAUUAUUUUCUAGUGAACAAGAAUCGUCUUGUAAUACCAAUACAGUCAGUAUUUCUUUUGAAGCCUUCCUGUAUUAUUUGUGAAUUCUUGUUUUGGAGCGUUCAAAAAAUUAUGUCGAAUUUUCGGAGAGCUUUGUUUGGGGAGGG